AUGGCAAAUGGAAAAUUACAUUGUAUUAAAUGUGAAAAAGACAAAGCAAUAUUAAAAUGUUCUGGUUGUUCACAAGAUUUUUGUUAUAAUCAUUUUCUUGAUCAUUAUAAAGAUUUAAAUAAAGAAUUUGAUGAAAUUGAGUGUAAUCAUGAUACUUUACGAGAAUUAUUAAAUGAACAAUCAAAUCAUCAAGAAAAACAUAUUUUAAUCGAAGAAAUAAAUAAAUGGGAAGAAGAUUCAAUUAAAAUAAUUCAACAAACAGCAAAUAAUUGUAAACAAAUGAUAUUUCAAUAUCGAGCAAAAACUAUUCAUCGAAUGGAAAAUAAAUUAAUAAAUUUAACUAAUCAAUUAAAAGAUAUUCGUCAAGAAAAUGAUUUUAAUGAAAUUGAUUUAAAUCGUUUGAAAGAUAAAUUAAAACAAUUAGAAAUUGAAAUUCAUAAACCAAUAAAUAUUUCACUUCAUCAUGAUUCAAUAGCACUUAUCAAUCGAAUAUCGAUUAUUAUAUCAUACGGAAAAUUUAAAUCUUCGAUGAGUAUUCAAAAGAAUACUACAUGGAAACCAGAUGCAUAUACGAUUGCUGGAGGAUAUGGAAAAGGUGAUCAUUUAAAUCAACUUCAUUGGCCCUAUGGUAUUUGUAUUGAUGAUGAUGAUGAAAAUAUUUAUAUAGCUGAUUCUUCAAAUCAUCGAAUUGUUAAAUGGAAAUAUAAUGAAAAUUCUCAUGAAAUUAUUGCUGGUAGAAAUGGAAGAGGAAAUCGAAUAAAUGAAUUAAAUUAUCCAGCAGAUAUUAUAUUAGAUAAAAAAAAUAAUUCACUUAUUAUUUCUGAUCGAGAUAAUAGACGGAUUGUACGAUGGUCACUUCAAAAAGAUAUCGAACAACAAAUCAUGAUUUCCGAUAUUUAUUGUUCACGUCUAACAAUGGAUUAUAAUGGAAAUCUUUAUGUAUCUGAUACAGAAAAUAAUGAAGUUAAACAAUAUAAACAAGGCGAUACACAUGGAACAAUUGUUGCAGGUGGAAAUGGAAAAGGUGAUCAACUUAAUCAACUUGAUUCGCCUGGUUUUAUUUUUGUUGAUGAAGAUGAAACUAUUUAUGUAUCAGAUUGGAAUAAUCAUCGAGUAAUGAAAUGGAUAAAAAAUGCAAAAGAAGGUGUUGUUGUUGCUGGUGGACAAGGAAAAGGAAGUUCUCUUGAACAAUUAUCAUAUCCUCAAGGAAUUCUUGUUGAUCAUUUGAGUAAUGUAUAUGUAGCAGAUUCAUGGAAUCACCGGAUAAUGCGAUGGUUAGUUGAUGCUAAUGAAGGUAGUAUUAUAGCGGGUGGAAAUGGUAAAGGAAAAGAAAAGAAUCAAUUUCAUCUUCUUGGUGGUAUUUUAUUCGAUCGACAAGGUAAUCUCUGUGUUAUUGAUGUUGGCAAUAAUCGAGUUCAAAAAUUCGAUCUUAAUAUAAAUUGA